UGCGUUCUCUUUGCAGUUUGCUGCUUCGUUGUGCACAAGCGGUGCCAUGAGUUUGUUACUUUCUCCUGCCCUGGUGCUGAUAAAGGCCCUGCCUCUGAUGACCCGAGGAGCAAGCACAAAUUUAAAAUCCACACGUACUCCAGCCCCACCUUCUGCGACCACUGCGGCUCGUUACUGUACGGACUCAUUCACCAAGGGAUGAAAUGCGACUCCUGCACGAUGAACGUGCACAAGCGCUGCGUGAUGAACGUGCCCAGCCUGUGCGGGACAGACCACACCGAGCGCAGGGGCCGGAUAUACAUCAAGGCCGACAUCGAGAAGGACGUCCUCACUGUCCUAGUAAAAGAGGCUAAAAACCUAGUUCCUAUGGACCCUAAUGGCUUAUCAGACCCCUAUGUGAAACUUAAACUAAUCCCUGACCCCAAAAGCGAAAGCAAACAGAAGACCAAAACCAUCAAGUGCUCCCUGAAUCCUGAGUGGAACGAGACCUUUAAAUUUCAGCUGAAAGAAUCGGACAAAGACAGGCGGUUGUCCGUGGAGAUUUGGGACUGGGAUCUGACCAGCAGAAAUGACUUCAUGGGCUCGCUGUCCUUCGGGAUUUCUGAACUGCAGAAAGCAGGCGUGGACGAAUGGUUUAAGCUGCUGAGCCAGGAGGAAGGGGAGUACUUCAAUGUCCCGGUUCCUCCGGAGGGAGAAGAAGGAAAUGAGGAGCUCAGGCAGAAAUUUGAGAGAGCCAAGAUCGGCCCAGGGUCUAAAGCGGCGGACGAGAAGGCGCAGAACGCUAUUUCCAAAUUUGACAACAAUGGAAGCAGAGAUCGGAUGAAGCUGUCGGAUUUUAAUUUCCUGAUGGUGCUGGGCAAAGGAAGCUUUGGCAAGGUCAUGCUCGCGGAGAGGAAGGGCACAGACGAGCUCUAUGCCGUUAAGAUCCUGAAGAAGGACGUCAUUAUACAGGACGAUGACGUGGAGUGCACCAUGGUGGAGAAGCGCGUGCUAGCGCUGUCCGGGAAGCCUCCCUUCCUAACGCAGCUCCAUUCCUGCUUUCAAACGAUGGAUCGCUUAUAUUUUGUGAUGGAGUACGUGAACGGCGGCGACUUGAUGUACCAGAUUCAGCAAGUCGGGAGGUUUAAAGAGCCGCAUGCUGUAUUCUAUGCAGCUGAAAUUGCCAUUGGCCUCUUCUUCCUGCAAAGCAAAGGCAUCAUUUAUCGAGACCUAAAGCUCGACAACGUGAUGCUGGAUAGUGAAGGGCACAUAAAGAUCGCCGACUUCGGCAUGUGCAAGGAGAACAUCUGGGACGGGGUGACCACCAAGACGUUUUGUGGCACGCCUGACUACAUCGCCCCUGAGAUAAUUGCUUAUCAGCCCUAUGGAAAGUCGGUGGACUGGUGGGCAUUUGGCGUUCUGCUCUACGAGAUGCUAGCCGGCCAGGCUCCUUUUGAAGGCGAAGACGAGGACGAGCUCUUCCAGUCCAUCAUGGAGCACAACGUAGCCUAUCCCAAAUCCAUGUCCAAAGAGGCCGUGGCGAUUUGCAAAGGGCUGAUGACCAAGCACCCUGCCAAGCGCCUGGGAUGCGGCCCUGAGGGGGAGCGGGACAUCAAGGAGCACGCCUUCUUUCGGUACAUCGACUGGGAGAAACUCGAGCGCAAGGAGGUCCAGCCUCCGUUCAAGCCCAAGGCUAAGGACAAGCGAGACGCUUCCAACUUCGACAAAGAGUUCACCAGGCAGCCUGUUGAACUCACCCCUACGGACAAACUCUUCAUCAUGAACUUGGACCAGAACGAGUUUGCUGGAUUCUCCUAUACUAACCCAGAGUUUGUCAUUAAUGUUUAGCCGCGCUGCAGACUUCCCGCUCCGGCUCUGCAGGCCAAACCGUCCGAUCACCUUGUCCAUACGACACCAGUCUUCCGGGGUUAACAGUGCAUCCAUGCAUAUCCUCAUCCAAACCGUGGAGAUAGCUUGUUUUAGGAGGCCUUUCUAUGUACGUGUCACUUGCUAGCUUGGUUUCUACAUCUGGAAAUGUUUCGUUUUUGAGUGAACAAGCAGUAAUACCUGUAGAAACUGCGAUCCAUAGUUACUGCUUUUUAAACCGGUCAGAAUAUUGUCUCAAAUACCAAAUUGCUACAGUCUUUGUAAUUUUUGAAAUGGGAUGCUGAAAUGCUGGUCAACUUCUCGUUAUUCACAAUUUGUUUCCUUUGAAUGCUAAGCAUGGUUGGUAUUUUAAACCGUUGUGCUGAAGCUUGCCAUGACUGUGAACUUGUCCUAGAAGAGCCUUUUGUGCAAGAAUUGAAAUGGUUAAACCUGAUCAAUGUGGAGAAAUCUGCUUAUAGACAUGUUUACAUUUUUAACUGCGUUGUAUCUCCAGUAAAACUGGCUCGAUGAAGCGGUC